GGCAAGAUUUUUUGGUCGUCACCUUUUCCAUGAAGAACCUCUUCGCAUUUCUGAUUACAGUACCGGUACUGUGAAAGCGGAAGAGAUCAUUUCGAUGUCCAAGUCGAGAACAGCUCUGAACAAGACUUUUACUCGACGAAGUGACACGAAUACGACGGCGCAACGCUACAUCCAAGCCAUGUCUCUUACUGCCAUGAGGAACGGUUUCAUAGCAAUGUUAUUGGUAGUCUCGACCAGCAGUCGAAUCCAAGUGGCUAAUGCCUUGUCAUUCCCAUCGCCAUCGGCAUCGCGUCGCGACUUUUUCACAGCUGCUGCCGUGGCAACCGGGACCGCUUCGACGCUAUUUCCGAUCAAUCCACUGGUACCCGGCAACGGCGCUGCCAUUGCCGCCGGCAUUCCGUCCGUGUACGAAGGAAUGUCGGCCUUCGCUGCAAACAAGGUAGAAGAAUCCAUCACCAUCUACGAUUCCAUCAUCCGGGACGAUCCACGACGGAAGCCAUAUCUGUGGCAGCGGKGAUUGUCGCUGUAUUACGCAGAUCGGUACGCAGAGGGUGCCGACCAAUUUGCGACCGAUGUUGCCGUCAAUCCGAACGACACCGAAGAGCAGAUAUGGCAUCUCUUGUGCCUGUCAAAAACGGAAGGUGUCGGUUCUUUGGAGGAAGCCCGGGCUCGCAAGUUGACCGUCGGAAAGGAUCGGAGGCCGGUGAUGCGCCUCGUGCAGAAGCUUUUCCUGGGAGAAACAAAUGGAUCGCUGUCUCCCUUAGACACCGAAAAAGAACUGAUUGCAAUGGCUGGGAAUGGGAAUGCCAACAACGCGGGAAACCAGUUCUAUGCAGCUCUUUAUCUAUCUCUUUAUUACGAAAGUUUGAAGGAAGAAAAACUGUCCCAGCAAUGGAUGGUCAAUGCAGUCGGAACCGAGUAUGCCAAAACAAUUGGACGGAGAGAUCCCAUGGUAGACGUUGCAAAAAUUGCAAUGAAGCGACGUGGGUGGGACUAAGUAGAUUAAAUCUAACGAAAUAAA